GUCGGCUGUCUGCUGAUACCCGCGCACGUGUUUCUGACUUGUUCCAAGGAUUCGAUUUGUGUAUAGCGCUUUCUCUACCUUAUAUACGAGAUUUCUCCGCAUCACCGAGAUGCCAGUUUCGAAGAGGAAUCGUGUUGUUUCCUUGACUCAGGCGAAGAGGAAAGGUCUCGAGCACAAGCAGAAACUUGUUGAGGAGAUUCGCAAAGCCCUCGACCAAUAUGAUUCGGUGUACAUUUUCUCAAUACAGAAUAUGAGAAAUAAUAAGUUAAAAGAGGUCCGAGAGGAAUGGAAAGGCACUUCGAAAUUCAUCAUGGGUAAAAACAAGGUCCUACAGCUCGCCCUUGGACGGAACGCUGAGAAUGAGAUCGCUGACAACAUACACAAGGUUUCAGAGCGGCUUCUUGGUCAGUGCGGCCUACUUUUAACAUCACAACCUGAAGAGGAAGUCCUAGCAUGGUUCGAGGACUUCAGAGAAGCAGACUUCGCAAGAGCUGGCUUCGUCGCUACAGAAACAGUGGUCCUGAAAGAGAAUGAUCUCGAUGACUUUCCGCACUCCAUGGAACCGCAAUUCCGUCGACUCGGCUUACCCACCAGGCUCGUUCGUGGUAAAAUCCAGCUAACGAAUGAAUUCACCGUGUGCAACGAAGGAGAUGUCCUCACCCCUGAGAUGGCCGAUGUCCUGAAACACAAGGGAAUCCAGAUGGCGGAGUUCCAUAUCACACUGGAGUGUGUUUGGAAGAAAGAUGGAUCCUUCCGGGUUCUCCGUGAGGUUGAGGGUCGCGGUGCACUCGAGGUUAAAAAAUCCAAAGCGAAACACAAUAAAGCGAAGCGAGCUCGGAAAUCUGUAAUUCCGCAAACUCCGAUCCAGGAAGGCGGUAGUGACGGAGGCGAGCAAAGCGAGGACGAUGAAAAUGAUGAUGGAGGUGAUGACGAUGAUGACGAAGAUGAGGAUGAAGGUAUGGUGGUCGACGAAGAGCAAGAGGAAGACAAAGCUCCCGAGAAGAAACUCGAGAAGCAAAAAGAAAAUAGACCGACGAAGAAAGCCGUACGUAAAAUCAAAGGUCAGAAAAACGGCGACGAGGCUUCCGGAGGAGAGACGAAAACCGAUACUCCUCCCAGAAGAGUGACACGCUCCGCGGCGAAGAGGGUCAAAUAG